GCACCCCGCAAGAUUCGAACCCAGGAUCUGUCAGUCUAGCGCAUGAGAGGCUCUUUUUAAUUCCUUGUCGAUUUAAUGAUUACAUCAUCCAUAGAUUCAUAUGAAGAAUAUUUUCGAAUAUUUUCUGUUCUCUUAUUGGUCAAUUGACAAUAAUCUACUAUAGAAAGAAAGUUAUUCAUUAUUAUUAUUAUUAGUUCUAUUUGAGUUAGUUUAGUUAAAGACAGAUUUAUCUAUUUAAUACAUGUCCAUACUACUUUUUAAACGGAAUAUUUAAGAGGAGAAAACAAAUAUAAAUAAACGAACAUAUUUAACACUGAAAUCAUACCCAUUUAUGCUAUUGGUGUAUUGUGUUAUUAAUGGGAGAAUAUAAGCGUAUACAUACAUAGUUACAAACAGACUAUUGAUUGGGAAUGUAUGCUUUCCAAAUUCUUUCAUAAUUUCUCAAUUCAACUAUUGAAAAUGUACAAUAUAGAAGUUUCAUAAUGGAUAAAGAGCAUACGUUCUUAUCAUUUAUAUUAACAAAUUGGAAAUUCGAUGAAAAUAACUUAUAUCAUAAACGUAAAGAUUUAAUACAUGAAUUAAAAUUAAAUGUUAAAACAUUAAUGGAAUAUGCUUCAGUUUGUCGUUCAAUUCCUGAAGAUAGUACACAUGUAAUUAGUUUUUGUGCAUUAGUUCAUGAUUGUCUUCGAAUUGGUUUAAAAACAUCAUCAUUUCUAUUCAAUCAAACUAUAUCAACUUAUACAUUAUUACAUAAAAUUUCAAAUCACUGUGAACCAGCUAUGGAAAUAAUCAAUAAAUUUGAAAAACAUUUCAAUCCAAUUGAAAAUAAUCAUAGAAACAAUUCACAAUCUGAUCACCGUGACAACGACCACGACCACCAGCACCAGCACCACCACCACCAACAACAACAACAACAACAAUCAAUAAAAAGAGAAAAUAAAUCAAAUUUGAAAAAACUUUUUCAUUAUUCAGAAAAUAAUAAAAAUAAGUUUGAUAAAGAAAAUGAUAAAAAGUUCUUAUCUGGAAAGAAAUUUUAUACAAAAUUAAGAAUUAAUAAUAACAAUUCAAAUAUUGAAUGGAUUCAUUUUGCACUUGUAGAGAAACUACUUGAACCCAUUGUACAACAUAUAUGUUCAAGAGCAAAAGAAUUUUACAGUUCUGAUAGCAUUGUGGCUAAUCAAUGUGAUGUGAAUGUAUUCUUAUCUUUGAUUAGAGGUCCAUGUGCAAUUAAUUAUACAUCAGGUAUUCAUGAAGAUUCAUAUUGGUUAAAUUUACAUGCAAAUGAAUUAAUUGAAAGGCAAAGAUUCACUUCAAUUACAAAUCAAAAUAAAAAUGGUUAUAUUCCAUUAAAAGCUUCACCCAUAGUUCACAUGGUAACUAUUGAUGAUGAUAAUAAAAAUAAAAAAAUUGAUAAAACAUUCAAAAAAAUUAGAAAUUCUUCUACAUUAUCAGACUCAUCAAUUACAGAUACUACUACUACUAAUAAUAAUAAUAAUAAUAUAGAUAGUUUAUAUCAAACAAGAAGAAGUACAUUACUCUAUGGAAAGAAUAAUGUUAUGUUAGGUGAUGAUCAAAAUUCUCUUGGUUAUUUUGAAUUAAUCAGUUCUACAAAUGAUUUAUUACUUAAAUGGACAUCGAAUAAUUUAUUAUUACAAGCAUCCUAUGGUAAAUUUGAUCAUAGUCAUAACAAUGGUGAUAAUCAAUAUAAUGUUGAUCAAAAGAUGUUCAAUGAUUCAAUAUAUGAAUGGAAUAAUCUUAAAGUUCUAGACAAAUGUAUCACUUCACAAAGUUCACAAUCAGUCAAGAACAAUAAAAGAAUUGAUUAUGGUUUCCAAUUGGGAAUUCUCACAGUAUCAAUGAAAAAAAUUGAAUAUGUUCACCUACAUCAAGACGCAUCCAAUGAAUAUUGUAUCAUUUUAAUUGGUUUUGAUGGAAUUCCACAUCCACCAAUACGAUUGCACGGUGGAUUCAAUGCUGUUUAUAAUUUUCUAAUAUGUUUGGACCAAGGUUUACAACCUAUUGCCUGUUUAAAUCCAUCACCUACUGAAUUAGAUGAAGUCAUUGAAAAGGAUGAAGCAAAAGAAUCAAGAACAAAUGAAAAUCAGAAAAUCAAGUUUAAAUUAUGGAAUUUAAUUGAUUUUCUAAAUAGAACAAAUGAAUCUAAUGAAAUCUGUAAACAGCCAAUUGUCAUACAAAGUAGAAAUGAUAAAAAUCCAUCUAAGGAUCAUGACGAUGAUGAUGGUGAUGGUGAUGAUAAUAUCAAUGAUCAUGAUGAUGUAAAUAACAAGAAUGAAAUCAAUUCAAAUCAACCACCAAAUAAUGAAAAUGUAACAUGCUUUCAUGAUGAAAAGAGCGAGUUGAAAAGAUCAUUGAUAAUCUAUAAUGAAAGAUAUAAAAAUAUAGAAACUAUAGGUGUUAUAUUUAAAGUUAUGCGUUUUGAUAUCACAAUGAAUAAGGAAACUGAUGUUUUCAUAGAACAAGAUAAUACAGACAUACCAACUAAUUCAUCAAUAGAACAUACAAAUAAUAAUGAAAUAAAACAAACUGAUACAAUCAAUAAUCCAAAGGAUCAAAUAUCUCAGGAAGAAGAAGAAUUAAUGAACCCAAUUGUAACAAUCAAAUUACAAUUAAUAUUGAGAACUUUCAAAGCUUGGUUUACAUAUACUCGCCAUAUGAACAAUGUACGAAAGCUUCUAUCAUCAUUAGUUAUUCAUUCUGAUAUAAACUAUACAAAUUCAUUUGAUCAAUAUAAGAAACUAACCAAAGAAAAAUGGAAUGAACUAUUUGUGAGUAUUUCAGAUAAAAAAAAUUUUGAUCCUCGACCCAUUUAUGAAUGUAUAUAUUUUGGAGGUUGUGUAUCAGAAUUACGCAAUGAAGUUUGGCCUUAUCUACUCGGUGUAUAUAAUUGGACAAUGAAUGAAGAAGAAAUACAAACUAUCAAUGAACAAUUAAAAGUACAUUAUAAUGAAAAAAUAAAAGAAUGGACUAAAAUAGAGAAGAUUAUUCGUGAUAUGGAACAAAAUCAAACCAUAAAUACAACAUUAUUAUCCCAAAUGAACAAUUGUCAAACUACUGAUAAUCUGACACACAAUUCAUCUUCUUUAAUUGAAUGUAAAGAAAAUAUUUUAAAGCAGUUUUCCCAUGCAUUAGAUUCUGUAAAGAAAGAUGUUGUAAGAUGUGAUAGAAAUAAUUGUGUCUAUUCUAAAUUUGAUUCACAUGGUGAUCGUAAUUUGGCUACAAUUGAACGAAUCUUAUUAACUUAUGUAUGGGAAUAUCUUGAUGAUGAAUAUACUCAAGGAAUGUGUGAUAUAGUUGCACCAUUAUUAGCAUUAAAAUUAGAACAUUCCAUACCAUCAUCCAUAGAUACCAAUAAUCAAUCUUCAUUGAUAACAAAUGAAAAUUCAAUAGAAUUAUUCAAUGAAAUUGAAAUUAGUACUUAUAUAUUAUUUAAGUAUUUAAUGGAAAAUCAUUUAAAAAAAUUAUUUGCAAAAGAAACUGCAACAUAUUAUAUGGAUCAAAAAUUUGAUCAUAUCAAAUCAUUAAUACAGAUAUUAGACCCUGAAUUAAUUGGUCAUUUACAGAAAUUCAGUGAUUUUACACAUUUCUACUUUUGUUAUCGAUGGUUUUUAUUAUAUUUUAAAAGAGAAUUUAAUUAUCAAGAUAUUUUUCAAAUAUGGGAAGUUAUUUUAUGCGCUGAACAUAUAAUCUCUAAUGAUUUUAGUUUAUUUAUUGCUUUAGCAUUAAUUCAAUAUUAUAGAGAUGUGAUCUGUUCAAAUCAUAUGGAAUUAACUGAUAUUCUAAAAUUUUUUAAUGAACGUGCUGAACAUCAUAAUGUUGAUGAUAUUUUAAAUCUUGCUCGACAUUUUGCAAAUACUGUUCAAAAGUUAACUAGUAAAACAAAUGAUAAUUAAUAUGUACUUGUUGUAAUCCAUAGAACAUUCAAUGAAUGAAUGAAUGAAUGAAUAAUAGUCAUGGUAAUAGUCUUGUACAAGGUACUUCAUAUAUCUGUUCAUAUAUAUAAUAUGUUGGUUGCUAUGAUGUAAUAGUCUAAUUCUAUAUUGAUUUCAAUCAAUAUAUACUGUAAUCAUUAUUGCGUAGCUUUUUUUGUGGUUUUUGUUACUCUUGUUUAGUUGUGAUUGUUUCAAUGAUCUUCUUGUUGUUGUUGUUUUUCUCCUGAUUAUUUUUCUUUUUGCCAUUACAUAAUCUACUCCAUUGUUCAUUUUUAUAUUAAUGUAUACAACGGAAUAAGAUUUUGUUAUCUAGUUUUCUUUUCAUAGAGAAAAAUGUUAAUCAAUUUGAUAGAUUGGUUGAAAUUAAACAUCAACAUUGUUGGAUGUAGGCCAGAUCAGUGGUUUGAAGGUUAAGCGCUCGUGUGGGAAACUGAUAGGUCAUGGGUUCGAAUCUUGCAGGGCGAAAUAGUGUAUGAUAAGUCUUGUUAAUUGGAUGCUAGAUUCGAUUUCUAAGCUAUUCUAGUAGCCUUAAAGCUAGAACUACACACCGACCUGGACAUGAGAGAAAAGGUGCGAAAUAUGUAAGCAACACUUUACUCCAAAGCUCCCAUUUAGUACAGAAAAUCUAGGGUUUCUAUAGUAUUUUAGAUGUCCUUGAAUUUCCCGAAAAUUCUGGAAUGCCACUAAACACAGUAACAGCAUGAGUAAUCAUCCAACCAGAAACUCAACAUUUGACUUUUCACUUUCUUGAUGUUUCUGGCUGGACUUCAAGUGAAUACUGAUUGGAUAAAAUGCUUUAUAGUGUUUCUUGAGCCUUUCUUGUCUUUUUGCGAGUAGUUUUCUGGAUCAUCCCAACAGUGUAUGCGCACUGC